GCGCAGAGCCGGCAGCCCGCAAUCCGGGGAGUCGCCUGGGCCCGCCCUCCUCCGGGGCCGAGCGGGGAGGGGGCCCGGGCCGGCGCUGGGCGGGGAGAGCCGCCUGGCCCCUCCCCUCCGCCGCCCUCCCCAAAGUUGCCGUCUCCCCCGGGGCUGGCCAGUCUUAUGAUCCAGCGGAUCCUCUUGGGGAGGCCGGGCCGGGGAGAGGGCGCGGGCGCCGAGCGGCUGGGGCAGCGGGCGGGCGCGGCGACCGGGGCCCGGGCGGGGAUCCGGGCAGCGACCGAGGCGGCGGCAGCGCCCCGGGCCCGCCGCCCCCUCCCCUCGGGCGGGGGGAGCCGCUGCAUGGGGCCGGGGGGUCGGCCCUGCUGCACUGAGCGGCGGCGGCGGCGGACCCCCCAGGCGGGCUGGGGCUGAGCCCGGGGCCGGGGCGGGGGCUCCGGGGGGACCAUGCCCGGAGGCCGGCCGGCCGCAGCAUGGCUCACGGGCCCGGCGCGCUGAUGCUCAAGUGCGUGGUGGUCGGCGACGGGGCGGUGGGCAAGACGUGCCUACUCAUGAGCUAUGCCAACGACGCCUUCCCGGAGGAGUACGUGCCCACCGUCUUCGACCACUACGCAGUCAGCGUCACCGUAGGGGGCAAGCAGUACCUCCUGGGACUCUAUGACACAGCCGGACAGGAAGACUAUGAUCGUCUGAGGCCUUUAUCUUAUCCAAUGACUGAUGUCUUCCUUAUAUGCUUCUCUGUGGUAAAUCCAGCCUCAUUUCAAAAUGUGAAAGAGGAGUGGGUACCAGAACUUAAGGAAUACGCACCAAAUGUACCCUUUUUAUUAAUAGGAACUCAGAUUGAUCUCCGAGAUGACCCCAAAACUUUAGCAAGACUGAAUGAUAUGAAGGAAAAACCUAUAUGUGUGGAACAAGGACAGAAACUAGCAAAAGAGAUAGGUGCGUGCUGCUAUGUGGAAUGUUCAGCUUUAACCCAGAAGGGAUUGAAGACUGUUUUUGAUGAGGCUAUCAUAGCCAUUUUAACUCCAAAGAAACACACAGUAAAAAAAAGAAUAGGAUCAAGAUGUAUAAACUGUUGUUUAAUUACGUGAGAAACGUCUUCAGUGGCCAAGUAAACUGUCCAUUUCUCUCAGAAAGCAUAUGAAAUGCUAAAGCUAUACCCAGACCUCUUAUAAAUAAUGAAGCAGUUUAAAACUUGAAAGGAAAAAAAAAAAAACAAACCCUGUCCUCAGAAUUCUAUAAAGUUGAUUAAGAAUGUUUCUUAAAGGUCCAAGAAGCAACAAACAGCAUCUGAAGCCACAAUCUAUUAUAAAUACUUUAUUUCAACUAGAAGGUACAAUCUCUCAGGGGUUUCAUAGUUUAAAAAGCUACAAUCACAUCAUGUUGUAACUACAUAAAAAACAGUGCUGUUAAGUGGAACUGCCUGGCUUAGACCAUACACAUGUCUGCACAGUCUUUAUGGAAUCUGCACAAAGAAAUAUCUUCUCCCUUUGCUCCAAUUAAUUGUUCUUGUAUGUAAGUUUCUUUCUAUUCCAGUAUAUCCAGAGUGGUGAAGUAACAAGGCCAGCCACGUAGCCAAAGGUUGCUCCAAGCGUGCAGGAGAUGGGCCAUUCCUGAGGAGAGAAUGUAUGAGAUCAAAAAGAACAAAUGUUUUAUUAUUACUUGAGCACAAGUGUAACCUAAAUAUUUCUAUAUUAAAGCUUAAUGUGCUUUCUUAAAGAAUGCCAAAAGUGUAAUAAGGUCAUAUCUGCAUUUAUCAUGAACACUAAAAAUGUACACAUUUUAGUUAAUGUGCAUUCAACUGUAACAAAGGUUUCUGGCGAUUGUAGAUUUAGUUUGAUGCUCCCCAAACUGCAUGAGAAACAUGCUGAAAUUACAAAUUAAAACUUUGGGUCAGACUUUGCCAUAAUCCUGGACUCAAUUUAGCUCUCUGAACUAGUUGGUAAUUUUGUUUUUCUAAUUUCCACAUUGGCUUGUAUAUCAAAUGAAACGAAAAGGGUGUAUGCUGACCAAACCACAAGAAACUUUAAAUUGUGUUAAAGAGAAAAGACCUUCAAUUCAAGCAUGUUACAUGGAAUUUAUAACAAAGCAACUGCUUUCAUAAUAAAACUGAUUUCACCUUUCAGAUAUAGACAUUGGAACCGCAGUAGAAGUUACAGAACUACAGCUUAUGUACACACCUAGAGUAUAAGUUAAAUGACAUACUGGCUUCCAAAUACCCAUUUUCUCCAGCCAUAUUACGUUUCACAGUAUUACAUCAAGCCAGAAGUAAAUAACGUUGACUUAUUUCAUCCUCGAGCAGUGCAUGGUAGUCCCUAGAUUUUGAAAGGUCCUGCUUUAAAAAAAUUUUCUCAUGUUUAUCUAUGAAUCUUAUUUGGUAUACUGGAGCCAUUUCUAAUCUUUCUCUAGGGAAACAGGCCGUAUAACUGUGGUAGAGGUGAACCAUCUUAAUGACUAGUUCUGUUACCUAAUUAAGCUUUCUUGUUUGGUCUGCUGUUGAUCUACCUUAUUCCAAAUGCCAUGCAACAGACAAUAGUGUUAGACAAAGUUUCAGUGUGAACAAACUAAUGCAGUUCAGAGAAGCAUAAUCUAAUCCAUAAAAUUUUUCCCAGCCUUUCCUACAUUUAAAAAUGCUAUUGCCUAAAUUAUUAUUUCUUUAUGUCUUUGGUGAGCUUCUGUUAAUUUCCAUGACUUGAGCUUAUAGCUAUGUCUAUUGCACAGAUUGGGUAAUGGAACACUAAACUUUGAUACUUGAAAAUGACAGCCUUAAAUGCUCAUAGCAGUCACAAAUCUAGGAUGUACUGUCUUGUAUGUGAGCUUUGUAGAGAUUUUUUAAAAAAUAAUAAGCAUCAUCUUCCCCAUUGACGUGCAGAGAGUCUACUGGAUAACUGGUCAGGAGCUUUCUCUCCUGAAUUGGACAGUGGAUGUCUUCUUUCUCCCAAGAAGUGGUGGUUCGCAUUAAGUACCAUGGCCUUAUGUAUGCUCAAGUGGAAUCUGAUGUAACUUUCUCAUUUAAUUUUGGUCUGCUAUUUUUAGAUAGAAUUGAAAAGAACUGUAUAACUCAAUUAGUAUAUUAGCUAAGUUGUCCAACACAUGGUAUAAAGGAAUUAAGACAGUAAAGUAUUAUACAUUUAUUUCCAACUUGCCUUUGGGGAUUUGAUGGGAAUUUUUUUUUUUUCUUCCUCAAAUUCACAUCUCUGAAACUCUUCACACUUGGUUUCCUAGCCAAUAAAGUUAAAAUCUAGAAUUUGUCCUGCCCUAAGAGAAAUGGACUAGGAGUCUGGAAACACAAACUCUGGUGUCACCUCUGUUUCUUGACUGGGCCUCAUUUUCCUCAUCUGGGAGGUAGAGGAGAUGAUCUCUAAUCUCUCCCAUUUAUCAACUCUUAGGAUUUUCUUCUUUCUUAAAAUAAUCAUUGUUGGACAUUACCUUUUCGGCUUCAUGUUCUUAAGAUGGUAAAAAUCCUGUAUAUAGAUUAUUAGAACUCUAAGCAAAGAUGAUUGUAUCAUCUGAACCUGAGGUGCCUUAGGUACUCUAUUGACCUUGAUGGGGUUUGGAGUUUCCCAUUGCUUAUUAAGAGCCUUUUCGUUGUUUGGUUCUUUAGUAUUUCUUUUUUGCAAAAUCCUUCCUGCUAGUUUAACUAAAACCAAAGAUUUUUUUUUCUGUACAUAAACAGAUUGUAGAAAAGUUGCCUUAUUUUCAGAAGCAUGUCUUCAUUUAAGACUUAGGUUUCCAUUGAAAUUCAGGCUAAUCACUGGAACAACUAGUUCAAAGUAGUGAAAUAUCUGGACAAUAAAAUACUUCAAAAAUAUCUUACUGACAUGAAUUUUGCUAGUGAAUGAAAAUACACUGCUUCAAAUAAGGUCAUGUAUGAAUGAACUUAAACUUAUAGUUAAUAUUUUUUUGCAUAUAGGUAAUCAGUUCUGAAGUUCUUAAAAAUAAUUUUAGAGGCUUCCUGAAAUCUUAUUUAAUAUUUUGCUUAUAUCCUUAUUCUAUCUAUCUCUAAAGGUACAUUUUAGGUUAGCCUAUGUUGAAUUAUCAUAUUUCCAAUAAGUAGAGCCUGCACUAAUGGUUUUUAUUGUGAAUUAUCUUAGUUACUUUAGGCAUUGCUUCCAUUUGGUUUUAAUUAUUAAUUUUAAGUACCAAAUUAAAUACUGGUUUGUUGGUUGUUGCUUUUUAAGUGAUUGUUGCUUUAAUAGUGUCCCAUCUUAACACAUGGGGUUACAAAUAAAAUAAUAUGCAUAGUUUACUAUCUAUGUAAAGCACUGAC